AUGUCUGUCUCAGCACAAGAUACAAACACUUUCUCUACCAUAGACAUCAGUUUCAGACCAGAAUCAACAGCAGAUGAUUACAAGACCGCCAUGGCAGACGUCUUCACCUCAACCAUCUACAACAGCAACACGAGUUACAGGGCACAUAUUACUGGAAGUGAUGGGUACAUCACACAAAACAAGUUCAGAGUGGAUUUUCCUAGCAUGAUUUCUAGCCUGCUAACUGCACAACCCAUCAUAUGGAGCAAACGUUUUCCAAGCUUCACAUCAGAGAACAAAGAGAAUCUCAUGUGGGUAUUGAUGCAAAUGGAUGAAGCCCUUCUUGAGGCCUAUUCUCAGACCUUCAAGGGUUACUUUGAGACAAUGCAGAGGAAUGCAGAAAAUACGGUGGCCGGGAACCACUCUGUAGACCUGCGAUCGCUGCGAACUGCAUCUCUCCUGGCAGUUGAGGUGUGUCAGGGAAUAAGAACAUCUAGCUACUUUGCUGCAAGAUACACGGGAAUCAGAUUCAACUACUGGUCGCUCAUAGCUCUGAGUCCGGCAGCUUAA